AUGGCCAAGAGAGGAGAUCCUGGUCCUUUGUCUCAUAUGAGUAAGCUAGUUCGAUGUCUCGACGAGGACGUCGAGUCCUCAAGGGGGCGACGGUCGGAAAAUUUAACCCCGGUCGUAGGUCGCCCUCCCACCUUCGUCUCACCCGCACCCCUCGCUCCGAUCCACACGCCCCCUCCGUUCGAUGCACUGCCCCUCGCUCCGAUCCGCCGCCCUCCCUCUCGCUCCACCCCAAAGCGCCGCGCCACUCUUCCCAUCGCGCCGCUGCCUCCCCAGACGCCGCGCUCCUCCUCCUCCUCCACCUCCUGCCGCCGCUGCCGCCUCACUCCUCCGCCCACGCGCCCCUGCCUCCCCGUCGCCGCACCCCUCCUUUCCCAUCGCGCCGCUGCCUCCCCCGACGCCGCACUACUACUCCUCCUCGAAGUGCCGUCCCUGCCGCAGUCAAUCUCUAUCCAGGGGAAGGGGCUCCUGGAUCUGCGAGUUCGCGGCGCACGCCCCUCGUCUGACACAUCCAUCCGAGAGGACCUCCACUUCGCGAAAGGGGUCGUCGUCGCCGUGCCCCACCGCCCGUCCGGCGCCUCAAUGCAGCCGUCAUGGGCUGACCUCACUGUUCCCCACCGCCGGACCAUGCAUACUCGCCUGCCGCGCGCCUUCCUCGCUGCCCGAACCGUCCCCGCUGCACGGAUCUGCACCCGCGUCAGGAUGACAACCCGGUGGAAAUCGGCGUUCCCGUCGUGCCCGAUGCCGCAGCGUCGACUGCUUCGAGAAGCUCGAGCAGAUCGGGGAGGGCACCUACCGGCAAGUAUUCUUGGCGAAGGAGACCGAGAGGAAGGAAAUGUGGCAGUCAAGAAGAUUCGCAUGGACAACGAGCGAGAGGGCGGCCAGUUCCCUAUCACAGGCAUCCAGGAGUUUAAAAUCCUCAAGAAGCUGCACCACCAGAACGUGAUCAACUGGUCAAUCUCAAAGAGAUCGUCACCUCGCCAGGGCCAGAGGGAGAUGAGCAGGGGAAGCACAAUAUGAUUCUAAACAAAACACCAUUGAAUGUUUGCUUUAUUGCUAAUCCAGAUGUUCUACUUAUUUUUUGUUUAAAGCAGUGUACUACUGUGAAUGUUUUUUCUGACUAAUAAAUCUCGAUUUUCGUUCAUAAUGAAUUUAUGUUCCAUUUAGAUGAA